UAUCUCCCACUUAGUUGUUUUCCGACCGAGCAACUUAAAGGUUGCACAAAUGAGAUCUCUGUGUUUUGUGUUGCUGCUUGUUUGGUUCUCAUGCCAAAGCGAAGUUAAUGCAAAGGUGUCCUGCAAAGAUGAAUCAGGCAACGAUGUUGAUUGGUGGCAUCUGUACAAGCUGCCCAAGCACUACCAGCACAACGAUUUGGGCAAGGACACCAGUGGCUUGAAGUAUCUGUACGUGACCAGCCAGAACUACGACACCUGGCAGAUGUCGGGGAAGUUCAUCAGUGAUCCCCUGUCCCUGCCCGCCCAGACCCUUAACCCGCUAAACGCGGAUCCCACUCACACCCUGCUGGCCGCCUACAACGACCAGCUGCCGAAUGGCACUGUCUUCAGCACCGGAGGACAUGCCAAGGGAGUGGUGGCCAGUGAUGGGGACACCGCCAUUUGGCUGGUCCACUCGGUGCCCAAGUAUCCCACCGUGCCCGACUACACCUACCCCACCUCCGGUGAGCAGUACGCCCAGAGCAUGCUCUGCAUCACGUUGAAGGCGGAGGACCUGGAAAAGGUGGGUCAGGUGCUGGUCUACAACGAGCCGCACUUCUACUACGAGCGAAAUCCGCUGGUCAGUCGGUCGGAGGAGCUGUUUCCGAGCCUGGAGAGGGCUCUGCACGGCCAGUGGCGCACCGAGUCGCCCUUCCAGAAGGACGUCGAGCUGCGCAGCCUGGAUGGCAAGAAGUUCCGGCUGUUCGGCAAGAGUGGACGGGCCAAUGUGGAGUUGUAUGCCGACGUGGUGGCCCCCGCCCUGGACGUCAGCCUCUUCGUGGAGGCGUGGCGCGACGGUGCCGGCAAUUUGCCCAACAGCUGCGAGAAGUCCGACAAGGUGCUCAACGUGGAGUCCAUCUCCAAUCUGGAGCUCUCGGUAGACUUCAGGACCACCCAGGAUCACUCCAAGUGGGCGGUUUCGCGCCCCACUGGCAUCUUGAUCUACCACUGGCGUGUCGGCGGUGGCGACUGGAUUUGCGUGGGCGACAUCAACCGACAGCAGGGUCAGUUGCUCAGGGGCGGCGGAACGGUGUGCCACAAGAGCUCGAGGGUGUCCAACCUGUAUCGCCAGAUGGUCGGUAAUUACGACAAGUGCCACGAGGAGUAAUUUUCCUGAUUUCCCAAAAAAACGUUUUGUUUAUAUGCGCUGACAAAAAUAAAGCAGUUUCAAUUA